AUGGCCGUUAAGCUAUUCAAAAAACUGCUUUUCCUUGGACUACUUUCUGUCAGCUUCGCUGACAACUUGAGCUUCAAACUUGGGCUUCGGCUUGAAGACAAUCUCAACGAUGUAAGGAACUUUAUCGUCGAUACAACCUCUUCCAACGACUUUGUCCUCAAUUCUCGGCAAUUUCUGAGGCCCGCCGGGAAACACAACACUUUCAACCCGGAUAAAUCUUCAACGCUUGAGAAAUUGACUCGUCAAUAUUCCGUUGACUACAUCGAAUUAUACAACGAUGCCAACUCAAGCGUAAAGGGGAUAUUGGUUGAGGAUGCACUCUUCUCUCCCGUGGCCAAUGUGAGAUUCCGAUUCGGCGUUGUGGACACCGUUGAAGGGCAGGUUAACCCAGCAAAAAGCAAUGAUGGCCAAUGGAGUGUGGGGAGGGUUGGAUUGGACAGAAGUACGAAGGGUCAAACUACCUUGAAACAAGGGCUUUUUGAUUUGGUUCUGGAGCACACGCUAUGUGGAAGCAUCGUGGAAAGUGAGGAGUAAGUUAGAGAAGAAUACAGGGAAUAUUUGCUAUUCAAAUUUACAGUCUGUCGGGAAAGUAAUGAGCACUCUGUCUCACCAUUUGAAAAGUUGCAGCAAGACAUGUCAAGACUUAAGAGGGGUUCAAAUUUUUUCCGCCACGCUUUUCGGCCAUGGCAAUUUUUUUCUUUUGCACUGCACAAGGCACAUAAAAAGCAAAAACUACGCGUUCAGGAGGCGUCUUACUAGUCGCGGCAAAAUGUCCUUGGAAUUUUCUGUGACCCGGCACUGUGCAUGAACCCGAAAAGUACUUUUGCACAGUGCAAUUUUCAUGUUUUUGCCUUAUUGUCGCGCGCGAUUCCCGCGACAAAUCAACAUUUCGGGGGUGCGACGAGAUUUGGGGGACGCGAAAAAUUCCAAGGGCUUUUUGCCGCGACUAUCCUGUCUUGAGUGCUGCAAGUUGCGAGACGUAAAAGUCGAUGCGGCCGAAACGCGCGGCUGAGCAUCAUGGCCGAAAAAAUUGAGUUACCCGGAAGCCCUCUUAUUUGGCCCACCGAUCAGUCUGUCGGCAAAAUAAUGAGCAUUCGGCCGCUGCGCUAAUCGCACCGCUGAAGUAGGAAACAAUUUGAUUUGUCGCGAUUUCCGAUACGACUGAGUGCUCAUUAUUUUCCCGGCAGGCUGAUGAUAGUUCCAUUUAUGGUGAUCAAAUAGGGUUUGGUUUGUUUCUCGUCAAAUUAACUGGAAUAUUACAUUGUAAUGUUCCUUAUACUGCAUCUCUCUGUGUUUCAGUGCCCACAUCGUCAGCACCGACCUUGGCUAUCCUUCCAGCCGAUAUGAGAGCAGCAAAAUCAUCGCCAUUCCCGCCGAAACCAACAGCAAUUUGUGGAAGAUCUCUUCAGUCAAAGUCUCGCUUCAAAACACUCAAAGUUCGGUUCGAUCCGCGGUGUUGUCUACAACUUUAGAUGCACUUAGCUUACCAGUUAACGAAUUCAGCGGCAUCAUUAAAGAAUUUGGAGCUGUUAAAGAGAACGGCGAGUAUUACGUUGAAGACUUAUCGAAGCUUUCAAACAUCUUGGUCAGUGUCAAGGAAAUAGUGUUUGAAGUCAAGUAGGUUGCAGUAAACGUAAACCAAAAGACUUUUCAAGGCCCUCCGCUUUCACUGAACCGGUGAAUCAAAGAUACCGGCUGAAACUCCGCUCCAACACGGAGAAUGUCUUCGUUCUGGGCACUCCCUUCUGGAUCAACAAUGGAUAUUGCCUGGACUUUGUCAAGAAUGAGGUGACUUUCUUCAAACCCAGCCAGGAUUUAAGUCUGCUUCAGAAGAAGGUGAAUGGAGCAAUCUCGAACGUUGAAGUUGUUAGAAAACACUGAUAUUUUAGAUAAUAUAACCAAGGUGAUUUAUAUCUUGCAGCAAGUUCGGUAUGCCUUGAAUUUGUAUGCCUAA